GUGUGAUUAUGUCUUUACAAAGAGCAUUGAAAUACAAUUAUUCCGUAUGUAGUAAUAGAUUCCGUGCAUUUUAGUGCAUCGGUGCGACAAUUUUUAAAUCGCAUGUUUGGAUCGCGUUGGAUAGGUCAACGUCUUGCACCAAAAUUGCGGUUUCCGCGAUCAUCCGAUUUAAAUCCGCUUGACUUUUUUCUUCGGAGUGCGAAUCAUAUGAUCUGAUGUUAAAUUCUGACGAAGAUAUCGUGUACAGUAAAAUGUUGUAAAUUGUAAAGUUAACGAAAGUGGUUGAUGCGUCUGCGGUCACGUCCAAGCAGAGGUCGUGACUGCAUCUAAAAAGGUGUUGUCCCGUACGGCAGUAGAACGAUUGAAGUCGAGGGAUCGCGGAGAAGGUAGUUGACAAAACGUCUAUCGUACAAUCGUGGAAAGUGUAUGGUGGAUUUAAAGGAGUAUCGUUCACAGUUAAACUUCAUAGUGUUAUACGGCCCGAAGAAAAUCGACGACACGCGAAGACCGUGUAUAAUCGUGAAUCGAAUAUCAGCGACAGGUCAUCGCACGAGCGCACAAUGAGCUUCCUAUUCGGAAGCAGGUCUUCAAAAACCUUUAAGCCAAAGAAGAAUAUUCCUGAAGGAACUCAUCAAUAUGACUUGAUGAAACAUGCAGCUGCUACCCUAGGUUCUGGGAAUUUGAGACUCGCGGUUAUGCUUCCAGAGGGUGAAGAUUUAAAUGAAUGGGUUGCGGUAAACACUGUUGAUUUUUUCAAUCAAAUCAACAUGUUGUAUGGCACCAUCACAGAAUUUUGUACAGAAGAAAGUUGUCCCAUCAUGUCCGCUGGACCAAAAUACGAAUACCAUUGGGCUGAUGGACAUACUGUCAAGAAACCAAUUAAAUGUUCAGCGCCAAAAUAUAUUGAUUAUUUAAUGACAUGGGUGCAGGAUCAGUUAGACGACGAAACAUUGUUUCCUUCAAAAAUUGGUGUCCCUUUUCCAAAAAAUUUCUUGUCCAUUGCUAAGACAAUAUUAAAACGGCUGUUCAGAGUAUACGCUCAUAUCUACCAUCAACAUUUUAGCGAAGUUGUACAGCUCGGCGAGGAGGCACAUUUAAAUACAUCGUUCAAACACUUUAUAUUUUUUGUUCAGGAAUUCAAUUUGAUAGAGAGACGAGAAUUAGCGCCGUUACAGGAAUUAAUAGAGAAAUUAACGGCGAAAGACGCUCGAUGAAUGAUCUCAAUCGUCAUCCGAAAACUCCUCCAAAGAAUCUCACCCGUGCUAUCUUUUAACAAACGUGUAACUGCGCAUGUUAUAUUUAACUAACCCAAUCAUUGCUAACGCGAUCACUGCCUCGAAUCAGGAUUAGCUGAUCAUACGACAUUUUAUUCAUUUACGAGAAGAGAAGUGACUGAUAUAUGUUUCAUAACGAACCACGGAUUUAUUAAGCAGAAAAUGAUUCUCGAAAAAAAGCUAAUGUUUUGGCUGUUUACGAAACGGAAACGGUAACAUUAUGGUAAUGAUUAAGAGGGUGAAGAUUACUAAUGUAGACUUUUGUAAAAUAGUUAUACAUCCGAUACGCAUCGUAGUACUCGUAUUGUUUUAUGUUUUGAAAAGUGAAAUAUUUUUAAUUAAUCGAGGUUGACAACAACGUUCUCAAGCUGGAGAACGUGCAAGUCAACGUGAAUCAUACACGAAGAGAUUAAUUCAUAUCGGCUGCAGAACAGAUAUAGCUUUGUAAACUGUUCAAACAACGAUGAUACUCGGUCUUGCGCUUCUAUUUUCAUCAUUCGAUAUUCCAUCUGAACUAUCGCGUUACACAAUUCUAUUACCCCUUUAAAAGUAUCGUCGCUUUCCAUGAUCGGAGCGAUAAGCUGGUUUAUCCGAUAACGAGAAAACAAAAGAAAAGAAUGCUCUCGAUCGUAUUUUUAACUAGAAACAGUUCAAAACGUUGCGUCUUCGUUGUCGAAUGAGUUGAACGAAUCGGAAUAUAAUAAUGUUUAUAUUACGAUACUGCACAUUGUUGGUAUAUCAAAUUAUUAAGUUAAUAUAAUGCUAUUAUAUUACUUCAUAAUAUGUAAUUAGUUUAGACGAUUAUCGUGUUAAGCGCUUAAUAGAAACUAUUUAUAGACUUAGGAAUUUUAUACGCACUACAUUUUAUCCUUUAUACGAGUGAGUUUUGAGUCUGUUCUAUUUUAGAAAGCAUAUUAUAUUUAAGCCGUUUACGUCGUAUUAUUGGAAAAAAUGUUUGAUGAUUUUUAUCAUCUUUAUCUAGAAAUUGUUUGUUUGUUGAAUAUGUGAAAAAUUGACGCGCGCGUUGACGGCAUUUCCCUUAGAGAACGGAAUCAUCGAUUCACGGAGAUAGUCAUGAUUUCACGGUUUAGAGUUAAUUCUCAAUGGAUGCAGGGUAUCCCAGGAAGAAUGGAAAGGACAAACUUUUCGCAUACAUAUAAUAAACACGUGCGACGUGUGUACUUACGAAACAGUACACGUUCUCAUGGGUUACAUUUCGCUAUUAAGAGCAACUUGAUAGAGAUAUCAAAUAGGAUAUAUUCGUUUGUAGCGCGUUCAGCAACGUAUGUUUAUUCUCUCGCUUAUAGGAGAUGAGAUGUUAAUAUAUAUAUAUACAUAUAUAUAUAUAUAUAUAUAGUAUAUCUUUAUAUGCAUAUAUAAAGAUGCUUACUGUUUCCACUCGUGGCGAGCUAUACCGUUGCAUUCAAGUAUUAAAUGGACGCAUUGUAUCCGCUUGUAACGAUAGAAAUACUUUUCUGUUCACACUCUGCCCUUUGCUGUGAUGAUCAGAGUUUUGCAUUUUCACGUAACGUGCAACGCUUAUGCGGAGAUAUGAAUUUAAGUAUACCUUCGUACUGCUAUCGAUAUAAAUUGCAAUUGUUUAGAAAGAAGAAGAAACGUAAAAGCGUUUCGCCUUCGCGUUGGGGGGGGUGGAAAAAUUGUCAUUUUUAAUUGUUGGAAACGAAUUUACUUCCAUUCAGAGUGUCCCGAGACGGAGUAUCAUGUGAAACAGUUGCUUAAACGUAACGAAAUUUGUUCUUUUUUUCAAUGUUUCUAAUUUUGCAUUUAAUAUUAACUCGGAAACAUUUUUCAAAGUAAUUUCAAGACCAUAGAUCAACAAUAUCUUGAUACUUGAUAAUUAUUUCAUGGAACAUUUGUCUCGCAGCAGUCUGGAUAUCACGAUCCAGUAAACGCGAAGUUGGAAAUUAAAAAGAAUUCACGAGGCGUUCUAUCUACACACGCGUACACACAAGAAAUGUGCAUGUUGCAUUUGAAACGAGCGUAGGAACAAAUGAUAUAUUUUUAAGCGUCCGAGGACCGAAUACACGAGGAAUUUUAUUUGUUUUCUCGAUCGGCGUUGAACGUAUCGUGACACCGUAUGUAAUUCAUGUGAUACUAUUUGAUGUCAAUCGCGAGAGGAUCAAUGAGAAAUUUUACGAGGUCCAGGACUAAUAUAAAUGUAUUUUAUUAUAAACGAUCGUAAAACGAGUAGCUUUGAUAACGAUGAUAUUUAUCGACGAUAGCGGAAGGGGAAAGAAAGUAGGUACGAAAGGAAACUGAAGAAAGGUCCAGACGAUGGGGUUUUUUUAAUGAAUGAUGAUGGUGUUUACAGGUGCGCUGAAUGUAAAACGUAUAAACAAACAGUAAUAACAAUAAUAAUAAUAGCUCGUAACGACGAUAAUGAUUAUACUCAGUACUUAAGGAUGAAAACAGGAGUUGUACCUUGUAGAUACAUUUUUCUCGCAGAAGAAACGAUGUUGCGUCUUUUAAAAGCGACCUCGUCGAAUAGUUGUGUUUGCUAUAGAAGUUAUUUCACGCAGUAACACUGUUAUGAAUUACAAUUAGUAUUAUUAAUAUUAUUAUUGCUAUUUAUACACGUAUACGUACCAUGUCACGGCGCUAAAUGAUCAUCCCUAGCAUUCGGAUAUUUUCACAAUGUAAACUCGGUAUGUUACGUUUUCGACUGAUCUGUCGCAGAAACUGUUCUCUUUUUGGGAAAAAUAUACGCGAUAUUUUAGUAAACAGACCACUGGUACAGAGAAUAGUUUCGAGGAUCGAAUUGUCGUCGACGUUAUGUUUGUUUCUUUUCGGGUAUAUGCUGGGCAUCGCUGGAAGCUCUUGUUUAAUGCUAAUCGAACCAUUUUAAUCCUUUUAAUGAGAUUUUACAAUUAGUUACAAAACUACACGAGUCUUUCAUUUUAAUUUAAAAGAAAGACGAAUUAAGAAAUGUUGGAAAAUUGUGGAAAUUAUACAAUAAUGAUCUUAAUUAUUAAUAUUAUUUACAACAGAAAAUAUGUUCGUUUUUAACCAGACAAACGCUCGUGUAAAACUGUAUUCGAAGUCCAAAAAUUUGGGGUCAGGUCGCAGAAGUAAUACGAAAAGAAAGAAGAUAAGUUAAUGGGGGUAUACUACUGUAAAACGCGUAUUUUUUAUAAACAAAGCAAACAACUAUACAACUUUAUUUUGUUGAAAUUUUCUCAAAGUAAAAUAAUCAUCAUUUCUUAAUUGAUUCUUAAUUAGGACGAAUUUGACUGUAGUUAGUUAUCAAUUUUUGAAUGUUUUUUGUCAUUUUUGUGAACUAAAAAGAUAGGAAAGGAUCAAGGAAUUUGGACACAGGAUAUUGCACAUGUAAACUGUUUUUCGAGCGAAUGUAAAAAAGAAACCAAUUGUUUAAAAGAUUUACAGUAGAAUACCUUCAUAACAAGACAAGUUUAUGUUCGAAAUUAAUUUUCAAAUGGCUUUCGUCGUGCAAAGAGCUUUCAGAAAACUGAUUGUCCAUUCGUUUUUUAAUAACGCUGGUGAUAUACAUACAUAUACAUAUAUAUCUGUGCAAUGUAAAUAAUAUUUUUCUCAAAUAAACGGAAGCUGACGCGUAACCAGGACACAACGUUGCGUUCUUUGCACUCUCGUUAUAUUUCAUUGUUUUUAGUUUAAAAAUCGUACUGGAACCUUAUGGGAUAUCAAAAUGCACGCGUACCCGGGUAAUUAAUUGUACUUAUAUUUUAAUCCGUGUGAUUUGCACGUACUCGGACAUUCCUAACCUCUAUUUUACGAAUCCUCAAACACACGGGUAUCUAUGUGCUUGAUGCAUCUGUAUUUUAAUUCGAUUAUAAACCAUAAAAAUAAAACUGCAUAUCUAACAGAAAUACAUAGAUUAACGUUUGUUAAGGUAGUAGGGGUAACAAGUAAAUCAGAAGAUACAAUUACGAAUUAUUUAAAAAUAGUUUUAUUUAAAUAACAUUGUAUUUUGAUGUAAAAACGUAAAAGUAUCGACACUUUUUGGCAGUAGACAAUUUCUUUCCGAUGUAAGAAUACUCUCAGCCAUUAUGCUACCAACAGAUGUACCUUAGUUUACCAUGGUUUCGCCACGACAUAUUGAACGAAUCCGUGUACUCACGGAUAAUAAAAUGCAUAAUUGAUGUGUAUUCAGAAUGUGGAUUCUGUAUACAUUGACGUUACCUUGAUAGUUACAAUAAAUUUCAGAUACAUCUGUCCUGUAAUUUUCGUUCUUCCACAGACGAGGUAUUCGACUAGAUCUUAGAUCCAAUGUAUUUUUCCAGCCUAUUUCCCUGGGGCUCUCGAGCCCCAUUACCAUUUUCGUGUC